GCGUGGCCUGUCGGGACGUAGGCGGUGCUUCCGGUCUCUGCGCGGCGCGGCUCCACGCGGCGCGGUCAUGGCGGAGGGGGACGGUUCCACCGUGAAGAAGCGGCGGAAGAAGGAGAAGAGGGCACUCGCCGACGAGGAUGUAGCGGACAUCCAGCACACGGAGGAGUUCUUCAUCAAGCCCGAGUCCCGCGUGGCCCAGCUGGACACGUCCCAGUGGCCCUUACUGCUGAAGAACUUUGACAAGUUAAAUGUGAUGACGGCGCACUACACACCUCUUCCUUCUGGCGCUAAUCCCCUCAAGAGAGAGAUUUCUGACUAUGUUAGGUCCGGCUUUAUUAACCUUGACAAACCUUCCAAUCCGUCUUCCCAUGAAGUGGUUGCAUGGAUCCGACGCAUCUUGCGAGUAGAGAAGACGGGGCACAGCGGUACUCUGGAUCCGAAGGUCACUGGAUGCCUCAUUGUAUGUAUUGAGAGGGCAACACGACUGGUCAAAUCGCAGCAGAGUGCAGGCAAAGAGUAUGUGGGAAUUAUUCGGCUGCACAAUGCAAUUGAAAGUGAGGCGCAGCUUGCCAGGGCAAUAGAAACUUUGACAGGCGCGCUGUUUCAGCGACCACCCCUUAUUGCUGCUGUGAAACGACAGCUGAGAGUCAGAACCAUCUAUGAGAGCAAGCUGGUGGAGUACGAUCCUGAGAGGAGAUUAGGUAUCUUCUGGGUCAGCUGUGAAGCAGGCACAUACAUCCGAACACUCUGCGUUCACCUUGGUUUGCUGCUUGGUGUAGGGGGCCAGAUGCAAGAGCUCCGCAGAGUGCGCUCAGGCAUCCUCGGAGAGAAGGACAACAUGGUGACUAUGCACGAUGUACUGGAUGCACAGUGGCAGUACGACAACAACAAGGAUGACAGCUACCUGAGGAGAGUUAUCCUGCCAUUAGAGAAACUGCUGACUUCACACAAGCGGCUCGUCAUGAAAGACAGUGCGGUUAAUGCUAUUUGCUAUGGGGCCAAGAUCAUGCUGCCUGGUGUCCUGAGGUAUGAAGAUGGUAUUGAGCUUAAUCAGGAGAUUGUUGUCAUCACCACAAAAGGAGAAGCUAUCUGCCUAGCCAUUGCCUUGAUGACCACAGCAGUCAUUUCUACCUGCGACCACGGCAUUGUGGCGAAGAUCAAGAGAGUGAUCAUGGAGAGAGACACAUAUCCCCGCAAAUGGGGUCUCGGUCCCAAGGCCAGUCAAAAGAAGAUGAUGAUCCAGAGGGGUCUGCUGGACAAGCAUGGGAAGCCCAACGAGAGCACACCGGAUUCCUGGAAGAAGGAGUAUGUAGAUUACAGGGAUGCUUCCAAGAAAGAGGCAGCUGCUGUCCCCCAACCUGUUUCACAGCUGGAGAAGGCUCCAAAAAGAAAACGAGAGUCGGAGAGUGAAAGUGAAGAGGCUGUGACCCCACCAUCCCCUGCCACCCCACCACCAGAGGAGCUGAGCAAAAAGGAGAAGAAAAAGAAGAAGAAAGAGAAGAAGGCCAGAGAGGCAGCUGAGAGUGGGGGAGAGCAAAUAGAAAUGACCACUGAGACCAGCACCAAGAAGAAGAAAAAGAAGAAACAAAAGGAGGUAGAAGAGAGCUCGGAGUAAGCGACUGGAUCUGUCCAAAGCAGGCGACCUCGUUGGUAGGGAGGGAGGAGACUGAGGCCUCAAGAAAAAGAUGACUGGCUGUGUGGCAGAGGGGACAAUGAGACAAGUCCCUUGUCUGCUGUGUAUACAAGUGAGCAGGUGUGUUUGCUCAGGAUAUGCACUGCUCAGGGACCCCUCCUCAUCCUGUUUUAAGGGUUGCUAGAGGAGUGGAGUGCCCGACUGCCCCUGCACUGGAUUGCUCUCUAAAGCUGAACACCGUGAUGCCAAUAGAAGUGGUAUCUUCAGGGAGGCGGUAGCUCCUGGCUCUUACUUGGUGUCUCCGUUUUCACCUUCAGAGGGAGGAAUAACAUUUCUCCCCCACGUCUUGUCCUGCCUCUUUCUUCCUUUUCUUCCAAGGUUGUAGCUCUUACCCAACAGUCACAGAAUGUGUUGAUGUCUGGAGGACUGCCUUUGUCAUGGCCCAUUGGAGUGAGUUUGGAUUGAUUAUUUAAAGGGCUUUGGUUUGUUUUAACCUGGCCAUAUGCUUGGCUUGCCCCUCAGCUAGAUGAGAUCAAAUAGUCCACCUAGGUACAUUUCAGUACUUUUUUUAUCAUAAAAGGAUCAGAACGGUAAAUUGUUGUUUUUCUGCUUUAUAGUGUGGGGACCUGCCUACUAGUUUAUCUGCUGAUCCCCCAGACCCAGUGCCUCAGUUUGUACUUCUGCUGGCUCUUUGCUUUUCUCUACCCAGUUGCUGGAAUGGGACUGUAGUGUUUGCAGCUGCUUUCCUUGGUUUUGAUAUCUGUGUGCUCUGAAUGCGGGAAGUGGGGAUGCUUCUGAGGGGCAGAAGCGGAAGUGACCAGAAGGCAGCUGACCAGUAUGCUUUUAUAAAGGGCUGUUGAGGAUGAGUCCUUGUAAGGAAAAGCUUGGCCAGAGGCAGCUCUGCAAUGGGCACCGAGUGUGGGGCUUCAGCAGCUUCAGUAAGACUUGUCACGAUUUCCCUAAUCUGGAGUGACUCGCUGGGGCAAGAGGUCUCUUCUCUGUCACGGUGGUAGUUCUGAGCCAGGAUUUUAGUCCAUUGGGAUGGGGAGGGAUCCAGGCUGCUUUGUUCUGAACUUCAUCCCUGCAGAGAUCUGUAAUGUUAGUCUUGUGCAUCGCUUGUGUCUUAACCACCUAAUUUUAUCUCCUCCAAUGCUAGAGAGACAUGUGGGCAGUGGGGCCAACAGCUGGUGGCUGUCAGAACCU